AUGGAUGCCAACAAAAACAUUCAGAGCUACUUGAGCCGGCAUCACAUUACUGAAAAUCGUCAAGAGACUGAAAGAAGGGCGCGUGCAUUGCAACAAUUACGUGGCCUGAUCCCUGAGCUCAUAUCGCGCAUUACACAAACCUCUUCUGUCAAGCGAGACAACUUUGAAUGUCAACUACAGCCGUUUGGUUCCUAUGGUCUCGGCGGCUAUAUCACUGGAGCCGACAUUGAUCUAGUCUUUCUUGGUGCAGCACCUGUACGCCGAAAACAAUUCUUCAGCAUCUUUCCUCAAUUAUUGAAAAGAACAUCUCGAGUUGCCAACGUCGAAGUCAUACGACGUACAGCUGUACCUAUCAUCAAGUUUGUUUUGGAUGGAUUUCCAAUCGACAUAUCCUUUGCCAAUCUCCGGGCCAACACAGUCCCAGCAGGCAUCAACUUGUUGGAUGAUAACCUACUUUAUGAUUUGGAUCCCGUAUGCGUAGCAAGUUUGGAUGGUCCACGGACACAACAAUUUAUCAUGAACAAUGUUCGACGGCAACAUGUAUCAGCAUUUCAAAUCGCUCUUCAAGUCAUCAAGUAUUGGGCAAACCAACGAUGUCUCUAUGGAAAGCAGAUUGGCUACUUGAAUGGCAGCACAUGGACCUUCCUUCUCCUCAAGACAUACCUGUUAUCCAAUCUGGAUGCUCCCAUGACUGCAGAGACCCUUAUAUCCGCUUUUUUCAAAACAUGGUCAAAAUGGGAUUGGCGUCACCCUGUCAUGCUCACAAAGACAAUUCCGACUCUUGGGAACAAGUCACCGGAUUAUCAAAUGAUGACGGACUUUCAAGAUGCAUAUAUGCCGAUUGUCUCACCAUGCUAUCCGGUAUGCAGUGCGGCGCCCUUUGUCACAAAGUCAACGCGGCAGGUGAUUGUGCAAGAGCUUCAGCGUGCAUGUGAUAUAGUAGAGUAUGCUAUGGGUGAUGCCGAUCUUAUGUUGGAUUUACUCUUUCGCAAGCUGGUGUUCUUUAACCGAUUCCACCAUUUCCUACAAAUCAUCAUUACAGCAGAAACGCUCAAAAGCAAAGAUACAUGGAUCCGGAAAAUGGCAUGCAAUAUCCCCAUGUUUUUACAAAUGUUGGAAGGCAAUCCGCAAUUGGCCCAGAUCCAUCCAUAUACCAAGGUUUAUUCACAGCUAUUCCAUUAUCGAACGGAUCAAGGACGUAUGGCUCUUGAGGAUGGCAAUUUCGAACAAGAGAGUGAUUAUCGAGCAGGCACAUUGAAACCUGGAUCAUUACACGUUGUAUGCUAUUUAAUCGGUCUCAAACCACAAACACACGAUGGAUACCCGGUCAUUGACAUUUUCCAGCCAGUGGAUGAUUUCCUCAGAGAAUUGGAUGGUAAAAGGAACGAAAAGGAUCAGGAUGUGACGUUUGCAGUAAAAGCAAUCAAGAGGAAAGAGGUACCAGACUGGAUAAGGACAUAUGACCAAUAA